GACCUCCUCCCUGCGCUGGCACGCCGGAGCCAAGGAGAGGAUGCUGAUCAAGGUGACGGAACGUGAGCCAAGUUUCCUCCUCCACCAAGGCAAUGGUUACUCCUCAGAGUCCCACGGCCCAUCCCGUUCCCGACGUCCUUCCGGUGGCCACCACUCGCCCAAUCUCCAAACCUUCGACGCCGACGGUUCCGUCUUCUUCGCCGAGAGGAAAACAUCUCCUUACCUGAAACGAGCCGAGCACGGGGGGAGUUGUUCUCCUCUCCUCAACCCUCCACCGACGCGGAAAGUGCCGGGCGAGUCGCAGCCGUCGUCGCCGCGUUACGCGUACGAACCUCCGCUCUACGAGGAACCUCCGGUGGAGUCUCCUGCUCCCAUCUAUGAUGAACCUCCAGUGGAUAUGCAGUAUGAAGCGAGUGGGACCUUCCAAGCUGCUUCUUCUCCUCAAAAAUCUCCUCUCAGGAAACCUCAAGGGUUUCUUGCCAAGUCGAGUUGCAACUCACCUUACCAACAGUUGGUCCUCACCAAGCAGAAAUGUCCUGAUCGGUUCAUGAGUUUGGAGUAUAGUCCUGCUGGGAAGGAGUAUGUCAGACAGUUGGUCUACGUGGAGCAAACAGGGUCCAGCCCCAAGAUGAAGACAGGGUUGAGGUCAAGAUACUCUCCCAACCCAAGUGGUGGAUCCUACUCGUUACAACCAAGUCCAUGUUUGGUGAGGGAUCAACGCUUGGAGAUCAAAUCAGGUGAUUACAGCAGCAUGGAAGGAGCUGAGUUCUGCUCCAGUGGUGGUGGUCAAGCUACUCAAGGAGAAGACUCCAUGUCAUGGUCAAGCCAACAAGACACGUUGUCCUCUACUGGGUACUCCCCAUCCAGCAGGAAGAGGAAGAGCCGAAAACCUUCGGCGACGCACGAGGUCAACGUCUCCUCCGACGGCGAAGGGUUGGGAGAGCAGAUGCUGGGGGAGGAAAGAGCUCCUCAAGGGGCCACCAGCAGGUCCUCCAUCAGCAGGACGGAGAGCAAAGCUGUGGAGGUGGAGAAGAACUUCCCAGAGCCGUUCUUGGCCCAAGCACGUUUGGCUUGGGAAGCUCAACAGGUCCAUUACCACAUGAAGCAACGGAGCAGUUGGGAUUCCCAGAAGGAUGGAUCGGGGUACGAGAGUGAUGGAGCUCUGCCCCUGCCCAUGCCAGGACCUGUGGUCAGAGCCUUCAGUGAAGAUGAGGCCUUGGCCCAGCAGGACAACAAGCACUGGAAGAGGAACACCUUUGAGAAGUUGGGAUUCCCUCAGAUCCUCCUGGAGAAAAGUGUCUCGGUCCAAACCAACCUGGCGUCACCUGAGCCCUACCUACAUCCAUCACAGUCUGAAGACCUGGGAGCCUGUGCCCAGUUUGAGAGCAGCAGACAGAGCAGGAACAUGAUGCCAAGCGCCAGUUGCGUCUUCCCAACCUUCAAUCUCCGCAAACCUUCGUCGGAGACGGACAUUGAGAACUGGGCAUCCAAACACUUCAACAAACACACCCAAGGGCUCUUCAGGAGGAAAGUCUCCAUUGCCAACAUGUUGGCCUGGAGCAGUGAAUCCAUCAAGAAACCCAUGAUCAUGACCAACGAUCGUAACGUCAAGAAAGAAGCUUGUGAGAUCUUCAAACUCAUCCAGAUGUACAUGGGCGACCGUCGGGCCAAGACGGAUCAACUCAACGUGGCUUUGGAGGUGGCUACCAAAGGAUGGAGCAUGCAAGGGUUGAGGGAUGAGCUUUACAUCCAGUUGUGUCGUCAAACCACUGAGAACUUCCGCUACGAGAGUUUGGCCAGAGGUUGGGAGCUCAUGGCCAUCUGCUUGGCUUUCUUCCCACCAACUCCCAAGUUUCAUUCCUACCUGGAGGGAUAUAUCUAUCGGCACAUGGAUCCGGUGAAUGAUACCAAAG